CUACCCCGCGUCACUCGCGACGCUCCUCGCGCGCACCGCGCCGCGACCGCGCCGCCGUCGACGCGCGCGAUGGGGAUCGACUCGCUGUUCGUCGUGAACAAUCGCACGGAAUCGCUGAUCGCGGUGAAGCACUGGGGCGCGAUCGCGGGGAGCGAGAUUUGCGAAAGGGUGUUCGAAGCGCAUCGACGGGGACAGCGCGAGGGCGUGGACGGCGACGCGGCGUGCGUCGAUCAAGGGUCGUACGGGUUCUUCUUGACGCGAGGCGAGGUGACGUACGUGGCGACGUGCUCGAGGGAGACGGCGCCGUUGUUGGUGAUCGAAUUCUUGUCGCAAUUGUACGACGUGCUGCGCGCGUACUUCGGAGAGAGCGUCACGGAGACGACGCUGCAAGAGCACCACGUGACGCUGUAUCAGUUGUUGGAUGAGAUGCUGGAUAGUGGGAUACCGGUGAACACGCACGCGGGGGGGUUGAAGGUGCUGGUGCCGCCGCCGAACUUGUACAAUCGCGUCACGGCGACGGUGAUGGGGAAUCAAGGCGUCAUCGUGAGCGAUCAAGAUCCGCUCAAGUUGCUCCCGUUGCCGUGGCGCCCGAAUAAUAUCAAGUACACGAGCAAUGAGAUUUAUUUGGAUCUCAUCGAAACCAUCGACGCGACGAUUGACGCGGAGGGCAAGGUGCUGUCGUCGGCGGUGUACGGGAGGAUUGAAGUCAACUCUCGAUUGAGCGGGAUGCCGGACAUCAACCUGACCCUGAGCAACUCGCACUUGAUCGAGGAGUACAGCUUUCACCCGAGCGUGCGUCUGUCGCGCUUCGCGAGCGAUCGCGUGGUGUCCUUCGUUCCCGCCGACGGCUCGAGCGUGUUGAUGUCGUACAAGACGGCGAAUAGCGAUAACCUGAGUUCGGUGCCGUUACCGCUGUACAUUCGUCCGCAGUGCGCGUUCGGCGCGCAGCAAGGACGCGUGAGCGUCGUCGUCGGCUCCAAGCCCGCGUUCGAGAAACCCGUCGAGUCGGUCACCUUGGACGUGCGCUUACCAUCGCGCGUCAUCGGUGCCGAUCCUACGUCCACGCACGGCGACGCGACGUUCGACGUCACGAGCAACACCGUGCACUGGGUCAUCGAAAAGUUCCCCGCGGACAAGACGCCGUGCUUAUCCCCCGCCGUCGCCGUCGCACAGCGUCGCGUGCAACUGCAAGAAGUCGUCGACAUCACCGCCUCCUUCCGCGUUCCCGGCGCCGGCGUCAGCGGCAUCAAGGUCGAAACCUUACAAGUCCGCAACGAAAAGUACAAGCCGACGCAAGGCGUGCGUUACCACACGCGUUCGGGUUCCGUCAUCGUCCGCGCGUGAUCGUCAAUCGGUUGAACAGCAACACGUGUAACAUUAUUC